AUGUCUCAGCCGGUGUCCGCGAGACUGGACUUCUUGAAGGCGUCUGCCCGUCUGCUCAGCCAGCAGAGCCCAUCGACUUCGGCACAUCUGAUGACGGCUCAUAAUAAAACAGCGAUCCAGGAUAAGUCUUCUCGUCUCUCCAUCAAGGACCAGAUGGAAGCCUGUCCAGCCUGUGGAAGCGUCCGGACUCCAGGGAUGAACAGCAGAGUCUUCACUAGAACCCAGCCACUUCCCAAAGCUGCUCGGCCUGUGCAUAAGUCCCGGCAUAAGAAGCUAUCUCAGGAUGUAUUAAGCCAUCCAUCAGCGCAGAAAUGUCUUGUAUACGAGUGUCUGCGAUGUGCCCAUGAAGUGGUCCAACGCCUCCCGCAGUCCGCAAGACCCGUCCACAGAAAGAGAAAGGCUUCACCCAUGGCCAUAGCUUCAUCAUCGACCAGCUACCAAAUGCCUCUGAGAACUGCUGUGGAUCAGACGGAAAGACUAGCACCAGGCUCUGCGACUCCAAAGAUGGAAUCCGAGAAUUCCAGCAGCAAAAAGCGAGCAAAGAUGAGAAAGCAGAAGGGCCUCCUGGCCAGCCUGGCCACCCAGAAGCAGUCCAAGGCAUCAAGCUCACUGGGCCUCUUGGAUUUCCUUCAGUCAUCGUAG